AUGCACUCCAGGAAAAUUCAGUGGCGAGAACUCGCGAGACUUCCUCCCCCCCACCACCAUUCUCAUAGCAACCAACAUGUUAGCCUUGGAUACCACCAGAGUCGUGCCAAACCCGGAUUGACGACUGCCACCCAUAUGCAGUCUAGCAGCGGGAACCAGACUUGGUGCCCGGGUCCGUCUCUGUGGAGCCUGAUCGUUGAGCACGUCCCGCGGUCCGAGAUGCCCAAGAUUCACGCCACGCUGGGCCGCUCGCUGGUCGACACGUACACGGAACUCCACGCAGAGGCAGUCAUGUGGCACAAGAUAUGGCAGGACAGCCCGCAGCCGGGGGCCCCGCUCCCCCGGUCGAGGGGCCCCCUGGCCGACCCCCCGGUGAUCAAGGAGCUGGUGAGGGCCGAGGUCCGGAUGCUGCUGGAGAGUCUCCAGGAGAAAUUCCUCAGGGAGGGAAGGCACGACGAGGAGUUGUUAGCGCGUUAUAACGCCAAGACCGUCAACUUUGCCCUCGGUCGCCUUGACGUCGGCACCGAGCCCAAAGAGGAACUCAGCUCGCGAGCUUCUAUCCAGUCGAGCGUCCAUGUGGAGAUUGAAGCGAUGAAGGAUCAUCUCAAUAUCACCGACAUCAGCAAAGUGGUGCAACAACUUCAGUCUAUCCUGAGCGAAGAAUGUGCUGCACUGAAAGCACAAGUUAAGCACACACAGGAAUUGAUCAAAAAGCAGUGCAGGAGUCAGGAUCAGGCAGCCAACAGCGAGCCGACCCUUGCAGACUUAAAAGAGCUAAGAGGGGCUAUUCAAAAAGACUUAGAGCUCUACUGCACGCCUCCCUCGCGUGUUGGGGAGAAAAGUGCGAGACAGACGUUCAGGCUGUCGACCGGACAAAAGAACUCUGACAAAACCUUAUACACAUUAACUUCUACCUCCCUCCGAAGGCCACACCCCCCCUCCACCCCGCCACACUUCAACUUCCACGGCCCCCUAAAGCCCAUCGACGCCUCGGAGACCACCUCAAGGACUUCUCACCAGCACAAAAGCGCCCCGUCAGCGUCUCGACACAGAAAGGUCCGCCUGAAAACCGCCGCGAGCGAUCCGGCGGCGACGGAACUUUCGCGCGCAGAGGACGAUAACUCAGAUUUCCUCUGGGGGCUCCUCACGACCGCAGAUAGCUCACCCUUCUUCCCCCCGCAGUAUCUGCAACCCGGGUAGGAAGUGGGAAUUAUGGACAGGUUAAAUGUAAAACAAGUUUUUGGCACGUCCUCAUGAGGAGUCCAUCAGUUGCAGUUAUAGCUCAUCUGUUGCGUACCACGGUUUCUCAACUGGACGUUUGGCCCAGCGUCUGUUGGGUUCAAGGCACUUAAGGACAUAAAGUCGUCCGGGACUAGAUUCACGCGCACUAAGUUGUUCGACAUGAAUCUUAGCGUCACGCUAGGAAAUAAUACUCCGACUCCACUCCACUUUUUUUCCCGGCAACAAAUCUCUGCCAGCUUGGAUUAAAAAGGAAAUGUAUCAUAAUGGGUAUUGAUCUUUAUUUGCCAAGUGCUGUAUGUCAAAAACAAAACAAGGAAUUCAUCUCCGGUAGUUGGAGCCGCACUAGUGCGCCAACAGAAAGUCAAUUGACAGAAUGAAAAUGCUCUAUGGAUUUCUUGGAGACGGCUAAAUAUAACAUUGUAUAUUUGAUGUGUAAAUUAUUAGUAUCACAACGUAGCACCCCUGCUUUGUUCCCGAAUGCACAGUGACCCAAAGCACACACCGCUUUCAUCGGGAAUUUGAAGUUCUAAGGCCACGCAUGAUGGAUGCUGAUACAUUUUCCUUUAUUUAUUCAGGAUUUCUUUUUAUUUCAUUGUUUUCACGAAUGACGUAGAAUAAAAACUAGACUGCGCACUCUGCAUCCAACUUUGGUUCCGCCAUGGUCGACAGGCUCUAACUUCUGGUCAGGUCAAAAAGCAUGGUAAACAAUACACUUUGUUAUGGAAAACGAUGCGAUAAAUCUAUACAGUACUUGGGAUGUUUAGGAUCCCUAGGGACAUGAAUAUAAUCUAAACCUUUGCAGCAUGCCCAGGAAGGUUUAAAAGAUACAUUGACACAUACAUAUGAUAGGUGGAGACCUUCAUAAUAUUGUAAUGAUAUAUUUUCCACAUUCAUAGUAAAAAUAAUUACAAAGGUGAAACUGAAACACACUUACCGGUGAAUAGUUACUUCUUUGCGACCACCUGCACGGUUUUGACAGCUAACAACGCAAC